AUGCAGGAAAAUACACUCCGCCGCCGUCAAGGAAGUAGAGACGAAGUCCCACAUGAUACCGAGUACAGGCAAUACACUCCGUCGUACAAGGAAGUAGAGACGAGUCACACGAGGUUAGCCAGGAAAUACACUGCCGGCACGUGCAAAGGCGUAAAGACAGUCCAUGAGAUAACAACUGUCAGUUUUUCUGUCCGUUCAGAAUACGCCCAGCUGUUUGCUGCUCUCAUUGCCAGGACAGGGAAGGAUAUUGAGGUUCUGAUUGAGUCUCUGCCCAGCGAGGAAUCCACGGCCGCCCUGCAGGCCGCCAGUCUGUACCAACUGGAGGAGGAGAAUCAUGGGGCGGCGGCUCGGCUGGAGGAGGUGGUGUAUAGGGGGGACAUGUUACUGGACAAGAUCCAGACGGCACUCGCUGACAUUGCUCAGUCCCAGCUAAAGACUCGCAGCAGAGCUCACACUCAGCAGCCUCUCCCUGAAUCCUAACAGCAGGGGGCGCUCAUUCCCCACACAAUAUCAAACCAUUACACUGACUGUCACAUAUUCAACUGCAUUGCUGCCCCGAGGCCCUCGAGAGGGGUAACUGGAUAUUGCCAUGAGCACCCAUCUCUCUCCCUGUACCCUCAUUACUGACCCCUCUACAUCUGAUUCUGUGUACUGCACCCCAUGUGACCCCUCUCUGCCCAGCGCACCCCACACUCAGGCCUCAUGGGAGAGAAAGGAAUGUGUGUUUAAAGGGAAAAUAUGCCAAUACGUGUGUUGUUUCUUCUAUAAUAAAUCUUUUUCAGACUA